UAGAUAGUCAAUACAAGAUAAAUGUUGGGGUACGCAACUAAAGAAAAUAAGGCAAAUAUUACCCCCUCUUUCUCAAAGGUUUCCUCUCACAACUUUCCAGAAAGAAUUAGGGUUUCUCCUCUCCCAAAUAAAAUAAAAUUAAAACAGCAGUUCCUCGGAUUAAGCUAUGGAUGAUAAUGAAGGUGUUGGCGGAGAACCAAUCGAGCAAUUUCAUAGAAACGAAGCGAUUUCAGCUGUUGCAGAUGAUGGGUUUCUUGUUGAAGAAGAUGACGAUUAUGAAGAUCUUUAUAAUGAUGUUAAUGUUGGUGAGAAUUUUCUUCAAUCUAUGCGUAAAAAUAAUGAUGAUUUAGUUGUAUCUAGGAAUAAUGAUAAUGAUGAUGACGUGGCAGAGAGGAAACCUGAUGUUUCGGUUUCCCCUCCGUUACCGCCACCGCCGCCACAAGGAGUUGUGGCGGCUGAGAGUGUCGACUUACCGGGUGCGGGACCCGUAAAAGAGGAGGAUGUUGUGUCUGGGGUUUCGGGUAGGGUGUCGGUAGGUGCAUCUAGUGGUGGGGGGUUUAGGGUUGAGUUAAGUAACCCGUCGAGUAAUAAGAUGAGUGAUUUGGCUGAUCGGGUUGGGAAUAGUAACGUUAACGUUCCGACAACUCAGGUGAUGGUACAACAACCUCAUGGUGGUGGUGGGGUUGUUGGAAAUGAUAAUUUGGUUAGGCAAGGAGGAGGGGUUAAUGUGAACGUGAAUGGGGCAAGUAAUGUUGGGGGUGGAGGAGGGGGUGGAGCGACGAUUCUUUUUGUUGGUGAUUUGCAUUGGUGGACGACGGAUUCGGAGUUGGAGUCUGAGUUGAGCAAGUAUGGACUAGUGAAGGAGGUGAAGUUUUUUGAAGAAAAAGCUAGUGGGAAGUCUAAAGGGUAUUGUCAGGUUGAGUUUCAUGAUUCUUCAGCUGCUACAGCUUGUAAGGAAGGGAUGAAUGGUCAUGUUUUCAAUGGGCGGCCAUGUGUGGUUGCCUUUGCGUCAUCACCGUAUAAUGUGAAGAGGAUGGGUGAGGCUCAGGCGAAUCGAAGUCAACAGACGGCCCAAACUACUGUUCCCCAACCAAGGCGGGGGCCGCCUGGUGAUGCUGCUGGUAAAAUCGGAAAUAACAAUGCUCCUACUGGUGGCAAUUAUCAAGGUGGUGGUGGAGAUGGGAACAGGGGUGGUUAUGGUAGAGGAGGUUGGGGUAGAGGAGGUCCUCAAAAUAUGGGAAAUCGGGGUCCUGUAGGUCCUAUGAGAAACAGGCCUGGUGGAAUUGCAGGAAGGGGGAUGAUGGGAAAUGGUGGAGGUGGAUUUGGACAAGGUAUGGGCGGUGCACCUCCACUUAUGCAUCCUCAAACAAUGAUGGGUCAAGGCUUUGAUCCUGCUUUUGGAGGGCCUAUGGGAAGAAUGGGUGGUUAUGGAGGAUUUCCUGGUGGUCCAGCCCCACCAUUUCCUGGUAUGUUAUCAAAUUUUCCACCUGUUGGAGGAGUUGGGAUGCCUGGAGUAGCUCCUCAUGUAAAUCCUGCAUUCUUUGGUAGAGGAAUGCCAAUGAAUGGUAUGGGAAUGAUGCCAGGUGCUGGUAUGGAGGGACCUAACAUGGGGAUGUGGUCUGAUCCUAAUGUGGGUGGAUGGGCUGGCGAUGAGCAUGGUGGUAGAGCAGGAGAGUCAAGUUAUGCAGAAGAAGCUGGGUCUGAUCAUCAGUAUGGAGAAGUAACUCACGAUAGAGGGGCUUGGCCUAAUAACAUGAAAGAGAAAGACAGGGGAUCAGAGCGUGACUGGUCUGGUUCUACAGAGAGAAAACACCGAGAUGGCAGAGAACCUUCCUAUGAUAGAGACAUGGCUCGUGAAAAGGAUCGAGGGCAUGAUCAUGAUUGGCCAGAGAAGAGAUACCGAGAUGAUAGAGAUGUCACACGAGACAGGGAGAGGGACAGGGAUCGUGAACGUUCUCGAGAACGAGGGCGUGAUCGUGAGAGUCAUCGAGAUCGUCAUAGGGAUGACAGAGAUAGAUAUGCUGAUCAUCAUAGGUACAAGGACCGUGAGCAAGAAUAUGAUGAUGAAGACAGAGGAAGAUCAUCAAGGGGACACAGCAAAUCACGAUUAUCACAUGAGGAAGACCAUCGGUCAAGGUCAAGGGAUGCUGAUUAUGGAAAGAGGCGGCGUAUAACUACUGAGUGAUCUGCAGGCUUGCCUGCAUAUUUCAAGGAUACUUCAGAAUGAGAUCUCGAUUAGGAUCUAAUCCACUGAGAGUUUGCCAUGUGUAUUCAGGCUUUCUACGGAGAGGCUUCCUUGCUACCUGCCUUCUUCAAGCAGUUGCUCUCUGAAAUGUUCUCCACACAAAUGUUGAUGCUCUUUCAGUCUUCUUGUUAAAGGAUUGCUGGACUCUAAGCACUAAGAACUUGGAGGACAUAGAGCAAGCUGUUGGAAGAAGUAUGGAAGAAACCCCUUGAAGCUUCUGCCUGAGGGAGCAUGUUAUAUUACAUGGUGUUACCUCUUAGUGAAGAUUGCUAGUGGAACCUUUUAUCUCAGUUUUAAGCCUCUUUUCUUAUUUAUGUUUUAGUUGAAUGUGACUUGAAUAAUCCAAUGUUUUGUGACUUGUGAUUUGAAUUUGCUGUAAGCUGAUAGAUUAUCAUAGACAUUUUCUAUUUGAUGUAAUGUGUUAGGAGGAUUUGACACACAGGUUGGCGCCGAUCUGCUCCCUUCUUGCUCUGGCGUUUGUUGUACUAAUCAUUUCUCUUUGUAUCA